AUGCCGGAACAGCAGACUCUCAAACCACAACUCUUCGUCACUCGCCAAAAUGGUGUCAUGGUUCCUCUCAUUGCGAUGGAUGAGCUCCCAAUCCAUGUACAAAUCCGCAAUGUUCCACGUGUGCUCGAUUCAUACAACAUGGCCGGAAUGAUGGGUGUGGGCGUGUUCGAAGCUCGGCAUCAAUACUACGUUGUCGACGCACUCAACAGCACCAAACCAUUGUUUAUCGACAGCAUCCAUGCCCCGCCAUCGGUUAGAGAACAAGCAGCGUCCCCAAAGACAAACCUUCCGGAGAUAGGGAAAGCAGCGUUGGCUGCAAGACCUGUCUUGUCCGCAGCAGCGCUGCCAAAAGCAUUCGGUAUCGGGGAACAGCCUACAAGUGACGCCGCGAGCAACUCUUGCACAUCAUCCAAUAUCCCAGUCCAUGGCGAAAGUCAACCUGCCCGAAACAUCAACCACCGCAGUGUUUCUCCUGCCAGUGCUGUUGCCAUGCCAGCUUCGAAACCCGCGGCAGCUGCCAAAGAACAAGACAACGCCGGCCAGGCCAAAGCACCCGUCGGCUGCAAAGAAUACUGUUCUUUCUGGAUCCGCCGUGGCGAAUGUGACUAUGCUCAGCAAGGCUGUGUCUACAAGCAUGAGAUGCCUCUUGACCUGCCGACCUUGGAACGCAUCGGUCACCGCGACAUCCCCCGCUGGUACCGCGAAAAGUACGGCCUAGGCAGUCUCCUUGUCGCUGGUGGAAAGAGUGUACCGAGCUACGGUGUUGUUGACGCCUACGCUGCGGAGCGAAAAUGGCGCGUCGGCGACGAUGCGAAACGCAUGAUCCGUCACGGGCUUGGGGUUUCCGCCAGCGGUCAUGGGACCAGACACCACACCGGAAACAACCACAAGAGCUACAGUUGCGGAAAGGCUCGGCCGUCGGAGGCGGAGAAGGCGAAGGAGGGAAAGGAAAAGGGAAAGGAAAAGGCGAAAGGGCACCAGAGAGAGCUAGUUGCAUUGAAGUUGAAUGAGGCCGAGGAGAAAGAGCGCAAGGCUCUGGCAGCCAAGUACAAAGUCCUCCGACCGGAUCACCGAUCCAUCUUCGACCACGAUCUCGACAGUGACAGUUUCAGCAACGGCCAAGAACCCGACGACUUGAUGGCCAAGAUCCGAGCCCGAGAGCAGGCGGGAUGGGAGAGGGAGAAGGCCGAGGCAGCCUGCAUCAAUGCGAGCGUCGCAAGUGCCACCGUCGUCAGCAUGCAAGCAAAUUCGGGCCGGGGCCAGCGAGGUGCUAGACGCCGUGGAGGAGGUCAGCGGAGAAGAACCGAGACACAGGCGCGCUGA